AUGGCACCAGCCGAUACCAAAAAGGCCGAGCAGGCCAAGCAGGGCCCUCCCAAGCUCUCCGAUUAUAAGGAGAUACUCGACGAGAGCACAUUCGAACAGAUCCUUGAGAUGGACGAUGACGAGGAGGAUCGCGACUUCAGCAAGAGCAUUGUGUACGGUUUCUUUGACCAGGCUGAGAACACCUACAAGAAAAUUCAGAAGGAAAUAGAUGACAAGAACCUCGAUGAACUCUCUGCCCUCGGGCACUUCCUUAAGGGCUCAUCUGCCACACUGGGCCUUGUCAAGGUGAAGGACGGCUGCGAGAAGAUCCAAAACUUCGGCGCCCACAAGGACGAGACAGGUCUCAUUGACGAGCCGGACACGGAGGUUUGCCUCAAGGCCAUCAAAAAUACUCUGGAUGAAGUCAAGGUCGAAUAUCGAAAGGUCGAGAAACUCCUCCGCCGAUACUACGGCGAGGAGGUAAAGGACGAAGAAGAGAAGCCGGAAGAGGAGGAGGUCAAGGAAGAGAAGAAGAAGGUGGCAGAAGAGCCCGAGGAAGAGCCUAAGGAGGAGGCCAAAGCCACUGAGACCAAGAAGACUGAGGAGCCCACCAAGGAAGCCUCUUCUUAA